AUGGAUGAUCCUGAGAAGAAGACAAAUGAAAAAUGUGAAAGUAAACCACGAAAAGUGAGAUUUAAAAUAUCUUCAUCUUAUAGUGGUAGAGUAUUGAAGCAGGUUUUUGAAGAUGGCCAGGAACUUGAGUCCCCAAAGGAUGAAUACCCUCACAGUUUUAUCCAAGAGUCCUUUGAACCAGUGGAGAGUGUCUAUGGGUCUGGAGAAGUUCCCAAACCAAGAUUUUAUUCAACAAAAUUGACCGCUCAACGAAUCAGCGUUUAUAGAGAGGGAAAUGCCUACACCCUGGCAGGUAGCCAGCCUCUCUUCAAUGAUUACAAAAUCAAUGAUCAUAAGUCCCCAGCUAUUAUAGAUUUUGGCAAGAUAAUCAUCUACACUAAUAACCUGAAAAUCAUCCGAACUUCAAUGGAUAAAAAAGACUUCAUGAGAAAAGUCCUCCAGAAGGGAGAAGAGGGAGAGGAACAGUUCCUGGCGAGCAAAGAAGAGGGUGAUGGAGACAGCGAUCAAACUGAUGGCCCACUGCCAGAAGCAGAAAACACAUUUGUCCACAACCAAUAUAUCCAGGAAGGGGAAAUCCCUGAACACAACUGCUUCCACUGUAGAGGAUCGGGCAGUGCUACUUGUUCUCUGUGCCAUGGAAGCAAAUUCUCAAUGUUGGCUAAUAGAUUUAAGGAAUCUUACCGGGCCCUACGAUGUCGUGCUUGUAAUGAGAAUGGCCUCCAGCCCUGUCAGAUUUGCAGUCAAUAA